AUGUCGCUCUCCAGAACGAGCCAACUUCCAUUCGCCAAGCGGCAAUUCUUCCAGGUGUUGGCCAGAAAUUACAGCAAUACACAAGAUGCCGAUCUUGUCGUCAUCGGAGGAGGACCAGGAGGCUACGUCGCCGCCAUCAAGGCCGCCCAACUCGGAAUGAAGACAGUUUGUGUUGAGAAGAGCCCAACACUCGGAGGAACUUGUCUCAAUGUUGGAUGUAUUCCAUCGAAGGCUCUCUUGAAUAACUCUCAUUUGUUGCACAUGGCUCAACACGAUUUCGCAAACAGAGGAAUCGACUGCACCGCCACUCUCAACUUGCCAAAACUCAUGGAGGCCAAGUCCACUUCCGUCAAGCAAUUGACCGGUGGAAUCAAGCAACUUUUCAAGGCGAACAAGGUCGGACACGUCGAAGGAUUCGGAACAAUCGUCGGACCAAACACAGUUCAAGCGAAGAAAAGCGACGGUUCCGUUGAGACCAUCAACGCCCGUAACAUCUUGAUCGCUUCUGGAUCUGAAGUCACUCCAUUCCCAGGAAUCACUAUUGACGAGAAACAGAUUGUCUCCUCGACUGGGGCACUUUCUCUCGGUCAAGUGCCUAAGAAGAUGGUUGUUAUCGGAGCUGGAGUUAUCGGAUUGGAAUUGGGAUCCGUCUGGCAAAGACUUGGAGCCGAAGUGACAGCUGUUGAGUUCUUGGGACAUGUCGGAGGAAUGGGAAUUGAUGGAGAAGUGUCGAAGACGUUCCAGAGAACUUUGACGAAGCAAGGAUUCAAGUUCUUGUUGAAUACUAAAGUGUUGACUGCCACUAAGAAUGGAAACAAUAUCUCGGUGGAGGUUGAGGGAGCCAAGGAUGGAAAGAAGCAGACGCUCGAAUGCGACACACUCCUCGUCUCGGUCGGACGUCGUCCAUACACCGAAGGACUCGGUCUCUCAAACGUCCAAAUCGACACAGAUAACAAGGGACGCAUCCCAGUCAACGAACGUUUCCAAACCAAAAUUCCAUCGAUUUUCGCCAUCGGAGACGUCAUCGAGGGACCAAUGCUCGCUCACAAGGCAGAAGACGAAGGAAUUCUUUGUGUUGAGGGAAUCGCCGGUGGUCCAGUUCAUAUUGAUUACAACUGUAUUCCAUCUGUUGUCUACACUCAUCCAGAAGUCGCUUGGGUUGGAAAGGCCGAGGAGCAGUUGAAGCAGGAGGGAGUCGCCUACAAGAUCGGAAAAUUCCCAUUCGUCGCCAACUCCCGCGCCAAGACCAACAACGAUCAAGAGGGAUUCGUGAAGGUUCUUGCUGAUAAACAGACCGAUCGUAUGCUCGGUGUUCAUAUCAUUGGACCAAACGCCGGAGAAAUGAUCGCUGAGGCCACAUUGGCUAUGGAAUACGGAGCAUCUGCUGAAGACGUCGCCAGAGUUUGCCAUCCACAUCCAACCCUCUCGGAAGCCUUCAGAGAAGCGAAUCUUGCAGCCUACUGCGGAAAGGCCAUCAACUCUGUCUAA